GUACCUUUCCUACAUAUCUUCGACGAUCACGUGUGUGCAAUCUAAAAGAAAACAGAAGAAAAAUAACAGAGGAAUCCUUUCAGUUUUUACAUGAUCUUAAACGACCAAACUUUUUGCUCUGCAGAAGAACUGUGUUUGACUUCACAAUUGAGAAAUAAUGAGUGAAAUCAAACGUUUCUCACAACCUACUUUAAAGUUUUCAUAAGAAAGAAAAAAAGUAAGGAAAAGAAAAGAAGAGGAGGAAGAAAAAACAAUCAAAGAAUGUUCUUGAAAGAAAAACCAGAAAGGAAAAGAAGUUCGACUUUAAAGGUAUGAUAGCCAAUAGGAACGAGAGAAAUAACGAUGGAGAAUACUCUGUCAGCGAGUUUAAUACCGCCAACCAGUUUGAUUUACUCGACAUUGAAAGAAAAUCUUCUUCCGCAAUUGAACUGUGAAUCGUGUUACCAUAAUCAUACGACUUCGGCGAUUCUAACCGAAGAAAGUUACUCGAUGAUAGCUCGAAGGGAUUCUCUCUACAUAGUAAUACCUGUCACGAUAAUCUACGUAUCAAUAUUCAUUACUGGUACGAUCGGUAACAUAAGCACGUGUAUAGUGAUUGCACGCAACAAGUCGAUGCACACAGCAACAAAUUAUUAUCUCUUCAGUUUAGCUGUAUCAGACUUGUUGCUUUUAAUAUCAGGUUUACCUGCUGAAAUUUAUUUGGUAUGGUGCAAAUACUCUUAUAUUUUUGGCGAAGGAUUUUGUGUUAUACGUGGCUUGGCGGCAGAAACAUCGACAAAUGCCUCGGUAUUAACGAUCACGGCGUUCACAGCCGAAAGAUACGUUGCUAUUUGUCAUCCUUUUCUAUCACAGACUAUGUCAAAGUUAUCGCGUGCCGUUAAACUGAUCCUCGUGAUCUGGUUGGUGGCAUUAUCCUUCGCAUUACCUCAAGCCCUACAAUUUGGUGUUGUUCGUCAUGGAAUAAAACAAGAAAUAGUUAUGUGUACGGUGAAACGAAUUAUAAUAAAGCAUUCCUUCGAGAUGUCAACUUUCCUCUUCUUCAUCGUACCCAUGAGCCUUAUCACUGUUCUAUAUAUCCUUAUUGGUCUCAAGUUAAGAAAAUCGAACAUGAUGAAGAAAAGACCUGGAAAUGGAGAGUCACAAAGAAGCUGCAGGCAUUAUCCUGGGAAAAAUUCCAGAAAAAUUCUUAAGAUGCUCGUUGCAGUUGUCGUCGCAUUCUUCAUCUGCUGGGCACCAUUUCACGUUCAACGAUUGAUCGCCAUUUAUGGCACCAACAGCGAGGACCACUUCACGUCUCACAGUAGAUGGAUAGAGUCUCUUUAUCUAUUGAUGACCUACGUGUCUGGAGUCCUGUAUUAUGUCUCCACGACUAUCAAUCCGAUUCUUUAUAACAUCAUGUCGAAUAAAUUUCGAGUAGCUUUCAUGGAAACAUUAUCAAAGAGCUGUAGGAUGUCUACUCUUAGGCAAAAUCAGCGUUUUUACUCGAGUCUAUCCCGUUCGCAACAAAAGACAGUAGGUUCUAAGAUGGCAGCAACAACAGGAACAGGCAUGGUGCAAGAUAGUACAGAGUGUUCUGGAAAUUCGGCACGAGAUGAUAGUCCACGUCGUUCUUUUCAAUCAUCGGCUAUCUUGGAAAGGCCAUCGGAACGAACAACGGAGUUAUACGUAAACGAAAAGACGAAACGAGGAACGAAAAAUUCAAAAAUGAUUAAGAUAAAAGAAAAAUGUUCUUCCUCUGAGAAUAAAUCGAACGAUGAUCGAUCGAACAAUGAACUUAGGCGGCCUGAAUCAACGAGAUAUACAACUCUCAAAGUUAUGAAAGUCGAUACUCCAGAAAACAAAUGGCGACGUUUUUUUAAAUGGCUACCUGGUUUGAAACAUUUAAAAUUUUCACGAAGACCAAAUUAUUCAUUGUCUCGUGACGACGACACACCGAACGUUCUCAAUAACAAUCGUCAGUGCGAAUUUUCAAUGACCUUGUGGAAUAUACACGAGGGCAACGAGCAAGAUCGCGUUAGAAAGUAAAUACGUGUUUUACAAAAAUGCUCGUUCAUUUUUCGACUAUAAAUUCUCGAUACGUACGUAAUAUUAAUAAUGAAACUCUGCAAAUAAGUAUCUCGAUAAUUUUGUUUUCUGAAAGAAAACUUAUAGAGAAAAAUAAACUUCAAUCGGUAUAGUGUCAAUUUCAAGUCUAAUAAUAU